CUGAGUGUAAGCGAUCGAAAGGAAACCAGAAUAAACACCGAUACAAAGGCAGAAGGGAUUUCGAGCGCAUGGGUUUCUAAAUUUUUGACUGGUUUCUCAGGAGAUGGUUGUCCUUUGGUGAUUAGAUCUGAGAGGUGGAGCUCAAGGCCUGGCACCACUGCAUUGUCUGCUCGGUGAAUCUGCUGCACCUGCUCAGCAUCACCUAACUCAAGAAUGGAGGAGAAACCACUUGUUGUUUGGUGGCCCAUGGGUUUAACUUUGGUUUAUGAUAUUUUUGAAAAGGAAAAGUGGCUGUCUUUGUGAAAGUUAAAUUAUUAACGGUAUGCAGCAGUUAAACAGAAUAUAGUCUGUGGAUGAGAUGAGACAACUAUUUGUUUAUUAAAUGAUUUUUGCUGUUUACUAAAUUGAAAGAGCACCAUGGGAGUUAAAGGAUUAUGGAAACUCAUUGAGAGUUCUGGCACACCAGUUCCCCUUGAAACCCUUGAACACAAAAUCUUGGGUGUGGAUGUAUCCAUUUGGCUUCACCAGGCAGUCAGAGGAUUCAGAGGUCCUGGAGGUGCAGCAGUGGCAAAUGCUCAUCUGCUUACAGUCUUUCAUAGAAUCUGCAAAUUGUUAUUUUAUCGAAUAAGGCCUGUAUUCAUAUUUGAUGGUGGUGUUCCCCACUUGAAAAAGCAGACUCUUGCUGCACGUAGGCUUAAGAGAGAUGUAGCUGCCAGUAAAGCCAAGCAGGUGCGGGAUAGGCUCCUGUCAAAUCUGCUUAAGAGCCAGGCUGUCAGAAAGGCUUUGGGCAAGACUGGACGCGGGCCCAGUGAUGUACAUGUUCCAAAGCCUCAGAAGAAGGAGAAAGAUAUGUUUGAACUUCCUCCCUUACCCCCACCAGAGGAAAAUGAAGAAGGGAUGACUACCAUCAAGUCGGAAGAGAAUGAAGACGAGCAUGAAGUUUUGAAUAGCUAUGAUCUUCCCAAUUUGCAUCAUUUUGACUAUGAAAGCAAGGAAUUCAAAGCCCUACCAAUUGAAACACAGCAGGUGAUUCUGAGCGAGUUACAGUGCACUCGGAAGGAGAACUCAUGGGCUGCUAUUAAUGAGAUGCCUCAAGAUGGAAAGGGUUUUGCAGAGUUUCAGAUAGAUAGAUUAAUGAAGAGGCGAAAAUUUCAGGUUACCCUUGAUAACACGCAGGAAGAAAUUCGAAAGAAGAGAGCUGUUGAAAUGGAAGCAGAAAUGUUUGGAGAAUUGGAAAAGCAUGUGAGCCAAACACACAGAAUUAUAUCCGAAGAUUCAGCCCAUUCAAUUCUUGUGAAAAAGGUUAAAGAUGAUGAUUUGAAAGAGGAAGAGAAGAUCAAAAUUAAAAAGGAGGAGAAGGGAAAAUCUCUGAUGAAAAGCAAGAAUGGGAAUUUUGAAAAGGACUUCUUGACUGAACUUGCAAAACAAGGCAUUGUUAGAAAGGGCCAGCAGUCAGAUUCAGAAUCAGAUGAAGAAUCAUGUUUUGUUGAUGGAGAUUCUGACUUUGGGUUUUGCUCUCAAGCCAAAACAAAUAUGGAAGACGAUGGCUUGCUUCAGAUUGUUGGCUCCCUAAUGGAAAACAAUGGCCUAACACAGGAUGAAAUAUUGGCACUUGUCAAACAGGAGAGUAUGGUACCAAGAACAAAUAAGAAUGAGGAACAGGUAGAUGAUGGAGACAAGCCCUCAACUUCAAGGAAUGCAUCAGGUUUUGUGUUCAAUCCAGAUGCUGAUUCCUCUGAUGAUGACAGUGACCUCAUAGAAAUAGGGGAAAAAAGUGAUACCUUGGAUCUUUCUGACAAGAAAAUUAAUGGUAUUGCCAAGGAAGAUCAAGGAAGCAAUGUAGAUAAAAUAUUGGAGAAUAAAAAUGAUAGCUUGUGGAUGAAGAUUGUUCAGCAGAAGUUAGACGAUAUAGUGCACACACAAACAGAUAAAAAUUCACCCAAAAAGGCUGUUGUUGACACCAGAAGAUCUGAGGCAAAUGAGGGUAAAAAUCCAAGCAGACAAGACAAUGGGGAACUAAAAGCUGUUGCCAUUUCUUUAGAUUUUGAUGUCAAACCAUUGAAAAUGGAGGAUGAUAUUUUUGCAGACAUUUUUACUGAUAUUAAUGUCAUGCCAGCUGCUAAACCUGUGAUUGAUUCAGUGAAGGCAAAAAGCAAUGUUGCUGAUGUGAAAGAAAUGGACACAUUGAGUCAUAUUCCUAAUAAAAUGAACUCAAAUUCCCUAAAGAAUGAACAGCGAGGAAAGCAGCAAUUAGAUUUUUUUCCAGAUGAUACUGGAAAAGUAAUAAGUGAUAAAGAAAAAAGCACAGGGAAAGCAGUUGCUCUAUCUACUGUUAUUACAAAGGAUAUGGACAUUACCACAGAAUUACAGAGCAAAAUAGAAGACCUGGUUAAGCUGGAAAUUGACAAAGUAAUGAGUUCUCAGGGAAGUAAGAGUGCAUUCAAGGAAAAUGCAAAGUAUAGCUCAUUUGCAGAGGAAGAAAUGUCUGUUGAUGAUGUGGAAAUUAUGAGUUCAAGUGAUGGUAGUGACAUAGACAACGAGAGUAAUGUUCAGAAGGCUGAAAAAGAGCCCCUUUUGCCAAAAGGAGAUAUUACUCAGAAAAUUACAGAAACCGCAGAUAGUGGAUCAGAUGAUGAUGAUCUGAUAGAAGUACCUGAGGAUAAUGAUAUUAAUGAAUCAUUAGCUAAAGACAAAAGUGGAGAUCAAGGUAUUUCUAUGUCAAAGAUCACAUCACCAGAAAGAGAAUGUGACAGUUUAAGAGACUUACAAGAAACAAAGAAAAGUACAAAUUUUGUGGUGGUUGAGGACAAUUCCAAGGAUUGCAAUAAGGAUUCUAGUAUGGAUUCAGUGAGUCCAUCAGAUACUAAGAGUGAAGAACAAACCAAGAUCAAAAUGAAUCUCAAGGCUGACACAAAUCUGGAGGUAGCCAGUGUUAUAUCAGGGAAAUCGGAGUCAGAUGCAGGGGACAAGGAAAAUACAGAAGAAAUAGAAAGACCUUUAGAAUAUUCUAAGGAUGAAUUAAAACAUUUAGAGGAAGAACUAGCAUCAGAGCAGCAAACCCUUGUAGCUCAGGCACAAAAAAUUGAAAGAAUUGCUUCCAAUUUGAAUGACCAAAUGUAUGGAGAAGCGCAGGAACUCCUACAGCUGUUUGGCAUUCCAUAUCUUGUGGCUCCAAUGGAAGCAGAGGCCCAGUGUGCCUUUCUAAAUGCACAGAAACUUACCAGUGGCACCAUCACUGAUGAUUCAGAUAUAUUCCUUUUUGGUGGCAGUAAUGUAUACAAACACUUUUUCAAUCAGACCAAGCAUGUAGAACUUUUCAAGACAGAUAAUAUCAAAGCAAAUAUUGGACUAGACAGAAACAAAAUGAUUAGUCUUGCACUACUGACAGGAAGUGACUAUACUGUAGGUGUAGAAUCUGUAGGAGCAGUUUUAGCUAUGGAAGUGCUGGCAGAGUUCCCAGGUGAAGGCCUUGAAUGCCUAAACAACUUGAAAAAGUGGUGGAAUAUUGCACACAGGAACGUAAGUGCUGCUUAUCAGUCCAAGGUUAAACAGCGUUUGUCACAGAUUAUGAUUCCUGAGUCCUUUCCAAAUAAAGCAAUCUUUGAUGCAUAUCACCAUCCAGAAGUAGAUGAAUCAUUAGAAAAAUUUUCUUGGGCAGUUCCUAAUAUAGAUGCCUUAAGAAUGUUCACAAUGGAUAAGUUUGGAUGGAAUAGGGCCAAAGCAGAUGAAAUCCUGAUACCUGUCAUGAAAAAACUUGGAGUUAGAACUUCUCAGACGAGAAUUGAUUCUUUCUAUACCAACAUAAAACUUGUAAAAGAAAACAAAUUUGCCAGUAAGAGGAUGCAAGAUGCUAUCGCCAGAGCCAAAGGAGAAGAGCCUCUCAGUUCUACCUCAGCUAGGGAAGAUAAAAAGAGAAAUAGUUCUGCUCAAAGAGGAAGACCUAAAACAAAGAGAAGAAAGUUAGAAGAGGCAGAAGAACCAGUUGAAGAGGAAGAAGAAUUUGAAGACAUGACAGCAGAGGGUUCACCACCUAAGGGAGAUAAACCAGCCCAGAAAAAGCAGUCUCGGACUUUGUUGAUUGACCCGUCAGAAAGCAGCUCUUCCCCGUCUAAACCCAAACGUGGUCGGCCAAAGAAGAGAGCAGAAGAAAAUUGUGAUGAAGCCUCAGGACCUACAAUGCCACCACCUACAACUAGUAUAUCAGAAGUUAAGCCUAAGAAGAAAGUGACUAAAGAAGAUAUGUAUAAGGCUCUCUUAGAGAGGGAAACAAUCACCCAGAGAGAAGCAGACAAGAAGUUGAUGGAGGAAAAGAAACGUAUUGCUGCCCAGUUACUAAAAGAUAAGAAUAAAAAGAAGAAAAGGUAAAGAUACUAUGGGUAACAAAGGUUUAUAUUAUAUAAGACAAGUAAUAUAAUAAUAUUCAGACUUUGAUGGCAUGUGCAAAUCAAAUAGUGUCAUCACUGAAUGGACAUUUGGAUGUAUACUUUACUUUGGAUUUCUAAGUAAUGUGUCCUGAAUUUUGGUUAUACUCAUAUUCUCAUAGCAAACUACUUGUAGCUGUACUUUCAUACCAACAAUUCUGUUUCAAUUCUUAUAUUCAGUAAUUUACAGUGGUAGUCAUAAGAUUUUGUACUAAUAGAUAAAACUGUGCAAUUAAUUUACUUCAUCUGCAUAUUUUGACUGUGGAGAUUCAACAAACCAUUUAUAUAUAGGAGUACAAAUUUUAUAUUCCAUACACAUAAGUGAGAUUUCUAAUUUGUAAGAAAAGACUUACUUUGUCUUAAUAUUGUCGUUUGUAUUGGUGUCUUUCUGGGUUAAUGGUUUUGCUUCAUUAUGACUAGUAAAAAUUAACACACAUUGAACAUAGACAUUUUACAGUGGAUUGUGUAUAUUCUAUUGACCAUUUUCAAAUUGCUUAUUGUAUUGCCUGUAAAUGGAAUAAUUGAUACUUGAGAGUAUAAAAUGGUUUAGGCAUUUUAGGAUAAACUGUAUAUGAUGUUCUGUUAAGGAAAUAUAUGAAUGAGAAGGAAUUUCACAGAGCAAAAUGGGGAAUUAAUGUGUUCAUUGUUCCAUUUUUACCAGCAUUACAUACAUUUUAUUUUGAAGGUAUUCAGUUUUUCAUCCAUUUAUAUUUUUAACACUUAUCAUUUUAAACUCUUGUUCAAUUGUGUUGUUGAUAUUUGCCAUAGUGAAGCACUGCUAUUGUUCAUAUUGAUAUGGGUGUCAUCACAAGGUUUGACAACGGAUUUAAGAAAAGUACACAAACAUAGAUUAAAGAUUCUGUGUUGGUGUUUAUGAAAUGUAAAUACAACAUGGGUAUUAUGUAUUUGAUUUUUGUGUUAUUUAUUUUUAUUAAAGAGAAAAGGAACAAUGUAUAUUAUUGU